GUUUGUAUUAAUCUAGAUGGCUACGGUUUAACUUUUUCAGAGAAAAAUGUCUCGACUUGCAUCUAUUGAGAGUAGAGAUGAGAGCAUUUCCUCUGAUCAAGAGAUUUCAGUGUGUGACGAUGAGAUUCAAAGUAAAGAUGAUAAUGCCAUAUCUGAUGAUGAAGCUGAAAUAGUUGAUUUGAUUAAUAGAGUUGAACAAUUGAAGAAAGAGCGUUCUAUUCUUUGGUUGCGGGAAUUCAAAGAAUGGAUGGAUCAUACUUCUGAGAAUUUUGUGGAUGGCAGUAAUCUUACUGGGGCUAAACUGUGGGCUGAGAAAGAAAAUUAUAAAAAAGGCAAGAAAAGUGAGAGCCAUUUUGGUGAAAGUUCCAGAUAUAUUUUAGAUUCUAGUCAAGCUUCAGGAGAUGAGAGCAGUAGAAAUGUUUUAGAGUCUGACAGUUCAUUUGCAGACAUGUCUUCUAGUGUACAUGUGAAUCGAUAUUUUGAUCAUGUUGGUUCCAUGGGAAUUGCUGGUGGGGUCUCUCUGCCUGGCAUGAGGACAAUGGACCUAAAACAGGAGCAUCAAGAAUCAUAUUCACAAAAGGAGAUUGGUAGUCUGUCCAUUCAAACUGAGAGUUCCCAUUUUAAUACCUUCACCAUCCAAGGUGGUAAUAGGAUGGCUGAACAUGAAGCAAAACAGAAUACAAUGGAUGAUGCAACAGAAUCUCAUUCAUUCCCUUCUUACCCUGGAUCUCCACCUCAAUAUCAAGAGGACCUUCUGCAUCGUCGCCACAACUUAGUGGAGGAAAUCUUGCAGUUAUCUGCAGAGUCCUAUUCAGUGGCAUCAUCUGAUAGUGAUACUAGCUGUAGUGAAGAUGAUUUCUGUGACUCUGGGACAUCGAUGCCAGAACAUCUGAACAAGACUGUUGGAAGGCAUUCUGCUUCAGAUGCUUCUGGAGAUGAUUAUAGGAAUGGGUCUCCCCACAUAAGAGAAAAUGGCAUUUGCUUCAAUGAUUCAGGUGCUGAACAAACCUUUACUAAUUUAGAGUUUCUGGAUGUUGACAAAUCCCCACAAUUGCACAGCAAUGACUUCGACUCUGGUGCUCAUUGUUCUGAAGUUGAUUGUUUUGGCAACCAAGAGGCUAAUUGGUUAGACAAGAGAAAAAACAGAAGGAAAUCGAAAAAAAGGGUUAUUUCUUUUGAGGAUGAGAAACAUAUGGUUGGUCAUGCUCAAAGACUGCAAAAAUUAAAUGGAAGUCCAGAUGCCAGUUCUGCUGAUGUUGAAGGUGAGCUAGGGAAACAAAAUUUUGAUGAGGAUGAACACAAGAAAGUUAUUUAUAAGGAAUGGAUGUUGACAAAUGCAACUAAAACAAAUCUGAUCGAUGAUUCUAGUAGAUACUGUGGUGCUAUUUGUUCGUCUACAGUGGUGGAUGAUUUUAUUGAGGACUACUUCAAUAAUAAUGUUGCAGAUCUCAGAGUUCAGGAGACUUGUAGGCAGUAUAUGCGCUGCAAUUGUAUACUUGAUCACUCUGUUUAUAGAGAACGGGAAGUAGCUCUUGUACUUAGCAGUGAGGACAAGUUAUAUGUGCUGCUGAUUGGUGUCAGAUUUGAUGGAUCAGGGAUUAUCCUCAGUUUAUUAGGACACCAUAGAGUUGGAGAUAUACAAGAGAUUGUAAUUGGUCUAGGUUUUCAGGUUGUGAGGGUGCAAAUUGAGGGGAGUGCAGCCUAUUUGUUCCUAACAAGGAGCAUUGAAAAAUCAAGACAAUUACUUUGUACCUUGGAUGUCUUUAAUUCAUGUGCACCAAAUGAUAAAUGCACUUUAAGAAGUUUGGAGCAACUUCAAGUUGGACUGUUUGACAAACAAAUAUGUGGAGGUUCAAAAUUAAACAUGUACCAGUAUUCCAUGGUACACUUUUGGCAAAGUGGUGAAGAAGAGGGAUCAUGGCUCUCAAGAUCACUGUUUGUUAUUGGAGGACAUGUGAUUGUGUGCAUUGAAGACCUUAAGCAGUUCAGCACUCUUUCAAAUGAUGCGAACUCACGUCCAUAUUUCUUGCUCAAUUCAUGUUGCAGCAUCACUGACGUGUCUGAAAUGGUCAUUGGCAAAAGUGAGAGCUGGUGCGUGACAUUAAUUCUUGAACGCUCUAGAUCAUGUUUCCUUGGUUCUACCAAAGGGCACAAGGAGGCUGCUGCAAAGGAGAAGAAUUCAGCAUGCUCUCACACAUGGAAACUAAAGUGGUUUUCUGAAGAGAGUCUAUUCCAGUUUGUAGCAUUAUUGAAGGCAAUCCAUCUUGGAACAACUCCAUCUCCUUUGCGUGUAAGAUGUCUAUCAUGAAACCCUUUUUUUAGGUCUUUUUCUUCCAUAUUCAUUUCAUUCUUUUUGAGCUUUCAUCUGGUCUGUCUUCUUUCCCCACAAUUCUGCACCUUCGUUGAAGUAAGAUGCGUUUAGUGUCUUUUCACUGCCUGCCUUGAUGCUGCGAGUUUGUUACUUCCCUUUAUUUUUUGAUUCUUUAGCCUUUUUUUUUUUCCUAAAAAAAAAAUUAUGGCUGAUCUUUUUGCUCAUGUACAGAUGUACAGUACAGAAUAUGAAAUGUAACAAUGUUGUCCCAACAUAUUUUUGCAU